UACUUCGGCUGGAUUUGUCGCCUCCGAAUAAGUAUCGUGUAUAUUACCCUCUUCAUAUAAAAUGAGUCCAGCUUCGUAUCAUCCCAACUAAAUCCCAUCUUCAAUAGCCCGUAAUUAUGGCCACCGUCAACAAAUACGAUAACUUCCUCUCAACCCUCCAGGGCACAUCAUCAAGCUCUUGGACUGAAGCUCAGGAAUCUUCGUUGCUCGAACCAUACAACUACAUCACUGCUAACCCGGGCAAAGAAAUUCGGGGAAAGCUCAUCGAAAGUUUCAACUACUGGCUUAAUGUUCCAAAGGACAAGCUUGCGGUCAUCAAUCGUGUAGUUGGUCUCCUCCAUAAUGGCAGUCUCUUGAUCGACGAUAUCGAAGAUGACUCUCAGCUCAGACGUGGGAUCCCAGUCGCCCACAAAAUAUAUGGUGUUCCUCAGACUAUUAAUACUGCCAAUUACGUCUACUUCUUGGCCUACCAGGAGCUGGCUGCUCUGAGGCCGGCUGUUCGGCGUCGCGCUCCCAUUUCCAGCUCGAGUUCAGACAGUGGGCUCGGUGAGGACUGUCCAGCCGAGAAGACUGAUGUCCCCGACCGCCUCAUUCCCAACUCUGACCUGGACCUUGUGGUGACCGGUGAGCUCAUGUCGCUUCAUCGUGGGCAGGGUAUGGACAUCCUUUGGCGCGACACUCUGCGCUGUCCCACGGAAGAAGAAUAUGUGGACAUGGUUAGAGCUAAAACGGGUGGUCUCCUCAGGAUUGCCGUCAAACUUAUGAUGGCAUGUGCUACGACGAACACAAAUGUUGACUACAUCCCUUUGACGGACCUCAUCGGGGUUCAUUUCCAAAUACGUGACGAUUAUAUGAACCUUCAGAGCAGUCAGUACACGGAUAACAAGGGUUUCGCGGAAGAUUUGUCGGAAGGAAAAUUCUCCUUCCCCAUUGUUCACGGCAUUCUGGAACAGCCUGAUAACCGACAAAUCAUGAAUGUCCUGCAAAAGCGCCCCAAGACUCCUACCCUCAAGCAUCACACCAUCAAUUACCUCAGGGACACUACCAAGUCGUUUGACUACACUCUGGCUGUGCUCAAAAAGUUGGAAGUCCAGGGUAGAGCAGAAGUUCAGAGACUGGGUGGAAAUCCGAUGUUGUCUGCGAUUUUGAACAAGCUGUCUGUCGAUGUAUGAAGCACAAUGUCCUUGAUUGACAAUGAUGUAAUAUUAAGCUCUUAGAAGUCUCACUUAGAUCGCAUGCAUUGUAUUAUUUUA